AUGUCAUACCAAAAGGAAUUAGCGGAUCAGUUUCGAACUGCCAUUGAACUCGAACAAAAAUGUGAUACUCUUCUCACCAAUUCCUAUCUUGAGAAGUAUUCACCGAAGAAACUAGCAUCCUUUGGUGUUGCCAUAAUAAAUUUGGUCUUGACUAAUUUAAGAACUGGAUUAGGUGGAAAAACAUUGAUAGAGCUUUCUCUUGAUCCAGCUCUCUCAAAGCAGGAAGACGAAAUCCCCACAGGAAAUCUACGAGUUGGAGACAUCGUGAAGCUUGACAGAAUGUUAGCUUCCUCAUUAAAAAUGCCAGAGAAGCCGAGGGAAUCUAACUCACUAGAAGGUGUAGUUGUAAAACUCACUGGUAAACUACUAUGUGUUGCUGUGGAAGAAAAUGUUUCAGACGAAAACCUAAUGGCGCUAUACAAUAACACAGGUAAUGACAACAUAAGAAUGUGGAUAGUCAAACUUACCAACUCAGCCACAUACAAAAGAAUGUUUCAAGCAAUGAAGAAACUUGAAGAACUCAAAGAUUCUGACAAAGGCGAAGUGUUGCGGAUUCUUCUAGGUGAGUCACGAUUCGUUCCUAAAAGUGGAAGAAAGAAAGAGAAAAUAAAAUUCUUCGAUUCCACUCUUAAUGACUCUCAGAAAAUCGCUAUUGAAUUUGCCAUGAACGGAUCUCCUAUUACGAUAAUACAUGGUCCUCCAGGAACGGGCAAGACGUAUACUUUGAUCGAAUUGAUCAAGCAACUCACGUUUAACCGCAAGGAGAGAGUUUUGGUUUGUGGAGCUUCCAAUAUUUCGGUGGACAAUAUUCUAGAACGACUUUCACCGACUUUUAGUGGUGAUGAUGGUGAAGAUGAUGAAACUUCCAAUAAAAACCAAAAGCGCACCAGAAGAAAGAAAUCUUCGACUACAUCUACGAAUCCGGAAAAGUUGAUCAGAAUAGGACAUCCAGCUCGCCUUUUGCCAUCCAACUUGCAACAUUCACUUGAUAUUUUGUCGAAAUCUUCUUAUGCUGGAGGCAGUGACGGGAGCCAAGAAAUUCUAAGAGAUAUUGAGAAGGACAUUAGCAGCACUUUGGGCCAAAUACGGAAGUGCAAAAGAUAUGGUGAGAGAAGGGCACUUUGGAGUGAGCUCAAGCAACUCAAAAAGGAAUUGUACCUGAGAGAGCGGAAGGUCGUCCAUGAUCUUCUUGUAAAUGCUCAAGUAAUUCUAGCCACCCUACAUGGAGCAGGAUCUAAUGAGUUAUUUUCACUAUACAAAGAACAUGAAUUCUCGGUAAGCAAUCCCCUUUUUGACACCAUCAUCAUCGACGAAGUAUCACAAUCUCUAGAACCCCAAUGUUGGAUCCCCCUCUCAACGCAUUUGGGUUGCAAGCGUUUGGUAAUAGCUGGAGACAACAAGCAAUUACCUGCUACGGUUAAGUCUAAGGACGAGGCACGUGUUAUAAUUGAAAGGGGGGAGUCCAUUGGAGAUCUAGAAUUUACUUUGUUCGACAGAUUAAUUGCGAACCACGAUGGGAACGACUACCGGAAACUUCUAGAUGUUCAAUACAGAAUGAACAGCGAGAUUAUGGACUUCCCAUCCAAUAAGCUUUACGAAGGCAAGCUAAAAGCCGAUGAAUCAGUUAUGAAUAUUACACUUCCCGAUUUGGAUGGAAUCGAAUCCACUGAUGCAACUGUUCCACAAUGCUUAUGGUAUGAUACACAAGGAGGUGAUUUUCCCGAACAAACUGCAGAUGAACCUGGAAUAACAGUCGCUUCUUCUGCAGGCUCAAAAUUCAAUGAAAUGGAGGUGCUUGUCGUUGUUCAGCAUGUCCAGCAGCUCAUUCAAGCAGGUGUUCAGCAAGAAGCGGUGGGGAUAAUUUCUCCAUAUAGCGCACAAGUCUCAAUGCUCAAAAAAAGCUUGAGCGGAACCUUUGAUGCUAUUGAAAUUUCAACUGUAGAUGGCUUUCAGGGCCGCGAGAAGGAGGUGAUCAUCUUGUCAUUGGUGCGAUCCAAUGAAAUUCGGGAGAUCGGCUUUCUUAGUGAGCCAAGGAGAUUGAAUGUCGCAAUGACUAGACCGAAACGGCAAUUAUGUGUGGUCGGUGAUUUGGAACUUCUAGAGACAUGCGGACUGUCCUACUUGAGAGACUGGGCUAGAUUCGUAAAUUCCAAAUUUGAGGUUAUAUAUCCAGAUUUGGGGGACUAUUAG